CGCUCUUGGUUUUAACGUUACCGUUACUUUCUGUAUGUUGCUUAAUGAGUUUAAAAACCUAUGCGUCGAAAAUACCGACUAGUUGUUCUAGGUAGUGGGGGAGUAGGUAAAAGCGCUUUAACAGUGAAGUUUGUUUCCGGAAAGUUUGUGGAAAAAUACGAUCCCACAAUUGAAGAUUUCUAUCGUAAGGACAUUCUGGUUGAUGGUGUUCAUCAUACUCUAGAAAUUUUGGAUACUGCUGGAACAGAACAGUUUUCUUCCCUGAGGGAUUUGUAUAUACGAAAUGGCCAAUGCUUUUUGGUUGUCUAUAAUCUUGCCAGCCGUCAGACAUUCAGCGAUAUACGUAACAUGAGAGACAAUAUAUUGAGAGUAAAGGGUCUUCAACCAGGCUCUGUACAGUCUGUACCUAUAGUUCUCGUUGGAAAUAAAGCUGAUUUGGCACUAAAUGGUCAUCGGGAAAUAGAUCCACAAGAGUCUGAAACACUUGCCGCCCAAUGGUGUUGUCCACAUUUAGAGACGUCUGCAAGAGAUGACGUUGGAGUAAAUGAAGCAUUUUUAGAGGCAGUACGUCAGCUUUUAAUGCUUGAACCGAAACGUCGAACCUUGUGUGUAGUUUUAUAGACAAGAAGUAGUACUUUUAUGUGUAAUCAUUGAAGUAUGAUGUAAACACAUAUUUACAUGUACGCCUUUCAGAAAAGAAUUUGAAGUAUAAGACAAUGGAACAAAUGCUUUUUUUAUCUGGAUUGACACAAAUAAAAUGUGCUUUCAAUUUUCGUCAAAUGAUCAAAUCACACCAAUUUAUUGCUACGAAUUCAUGAAAAAUUAAUUGCUAAUGUGUUCUAUUGAGUUGUAGUAUAAUUUUUUUCUCAAUCAGUUAAUUGGUUUCUGUAAUGUUUAUUGUCUGUCAUCAUCAAUAUUAUUACUAUUAAUUAUCAAGAGAGAAAAAAACGUGCCUUUUCAAUGUGUAAAAAUCAUAAUUCUGUUUGUUUAAUCUUUUUAGUCUUCUCAUUUCUCUUCUGUUGUUCUUAGUGCCUUUGUUUUAAGAGAAAAUGUUGUAUGUAUAACUCUGUAUGUAUAUUCUUGUCGGACUUCAAUACACACACAUAUACGAUUAGUUACUGUCUUCAUCCUUUUUUCUAUUUACGUGUUUUGUGCCAAUUUUAUAUUCUUCUACUGCCUUAGAUUCUGGUGCCUUAAAUAUUUAUUACGUUAUUUAUUAUAUUAUGUUAUCUGUAUUGUUUGUUUAUUUUUACACAUUUCAAUAUAUAUUUUGGCACUGGUUUGAUUAUUGCACCAAGAUUAUAACCUGUUUAUCGUGUAGGUUUUCUUGAAAGUUUGUUAAUUGGACAACAUUACUAUAUGUAGGUGUCAAAGAAUUCAUUUACGUAUACAUGUAUACAACAUUCACGGUGUUUAUAUGUAUGUGUAACUGAAUAGGAUAUCUUGUUACGUGUCUUAAUUAAUGAACGCCUUCUUUGUCUCCGUUAUAUGGUGCUAUUUCAACUUUUGUGAAAAAAGGUUAUUAAUUGUGAAAUAUUUCUACUGGUCUUUUUUAGCUAAAGAAACGAAAAAAAAAGAAAGUUUAUCUAUAUCAGUAUAACAACUGAAUUGGCAAAACUUAUUCGAUAAUUUGUCGUUAUUUAUCUGUUUUUUUUCUAGAUAGGCUUCUUGUUUUUUCAUCGUUUAUGCAGCAUGUUUUGUUUUUGUGUGUAUUAUGUAAUUCGCUCAUAAAUAAUCAUUUUAAAAGUGGUAUAUCCAUCCUUAUUUUUAUUAGAAUGCCUUCUGUAUAACUUCUUGUCACGGAAUAUUGAAACUUUGUUUUUAGUUUACAUCUUUUUUUGUGCAUAUGUACACAUACAAACAUCUCUCUCUCUCUCUGUGUGUAUGCAACAUUCUCCUUAGUUUGUGUUUCACUUUUCAUUUUGUUCAUUAUGCAUUUAUUUGUUUUAUCUGUAUUACUUCGACUAUAUAUUCAUCAUGACUGUAUAAUUCUGCUGUAUUUCUAUUAACUUGUUUAGUAGUUAUGUUUAAAAAACAACCAGAAAGCUUAUAUUAUUUUUUCUUUAACCAAUUAUGUUAAUAAUUUCAUAUAUACACUUUUUGUAAUUAUUUGGUGUAAGUUUAGGUAAUUAAAGUAAUAUACAUUUUUAUUGUGGAUCUAAAUACUCUUUCUUUAUAGAUAUAUUAAGUUGGUUGUUGGCUUCACUAAUUCAUAUUGUUCUAAUUGAUUAUAUCAUACACCAUGUAGCAAGAAAAGUUCAUUUUUUUUGCAGGAAUUCUGGUAAAUUAGUAGUUGCUCGGAACAAAUCACUUCAUUCUCUUUAAGGGGACGAUUAUAUGGAAUUAAACAACAUUCAAAUUUAUUUUGUUAAAUUUAGGUAUCCAUACAAUAAGUAUUCAUUACUUAUCUCAAAUUAUUUCGAUUCUCCAUAAUCAAGUUUUUCAUUUCAUUAUUUCUUUCUGUACAUUAUAGAACUCAACGAUAUAUCAAAAUUCUUUGUUUUUAUUUGCUUUGUUGAGUCGUGGAGACUACUACCUCAGGGGUGGGGCAAAUGAAAUACUGUGGGUUUCGAAGUUUUAUGACCGAUACUGUUUAGAAUUUCGACUUUUUGUAGACAUCUUGUUGUGAUUUCAAAAUAAUAUUGUCAAAAAAUGCCUAAUAACUCAUUCGUAUUAUGCUUCUGCACACGAUAUAUUGCAUUUAUUCAUAGACGAGAAAAUAGAUCCUUUCCGCUUCUUUUAGCGACUCCAACGAGAAGUUGGAGUUUCCAGGACUGAAAUGAUUGGGCUUUGUUUUAUUAGGGUUUUACUAUCCGGUUACCUCUAUAUUUUGUUUGGAGCGAUGCGUGUUGAAUUUCAAUACAACUACAUGAGGAUGACAAGAUCUGAGUGAGAAAAGAUUUAUUAAUUUAACUAAACGCAUAUUGUGAUUUUUUAUGUUUCCCAGUUUCCUGUAGUUAUUCAGAUUACUUUAGUUUCUAUAAAAAAAUGUAUUACGACAAUCAAUUUCGCAGAUCCAGUAGAUUUACUGUCUGUUUUUUGAUGUAUUAUGUAAUAAAUAAGACAGGAUGCUUUUAAAUGGUGAGCACAACUAACUUAUUGUAGGUUUAUAUAACAAUAGUUUUAAUCGACUCGACUCAUAUAGAUCGAACCGCCAAAAUUGUUAAUUUAAAAUUGAUUUCCGGCGUAGAAUUCUAUUUUAUUCUUUAGAAUAAUAAUUAACAGCAUCUUUUGUAAAGUUUUUCACCGGACAAAUCAUAAUGAAGGUGUCUCUCUGGUAAACAUUUGAAUAACACCUUAUUUGUCGGACGUUUAAGUAAUUACUUUCAUGAACUACUUUGCAACUACUUAUGAGUAGCGUAACUCUGUUAUAGCAAAGUUUUACGUUAUAUUCAUGUGUGUGAUCCAAUCCGAAGAAUGUGGUUAUCCAUAAAAUAGUUGAAUAAUAUUUUAAUUUUACCCAGUGAUCAAACUAGGACAUUUGAAUAAUAAUGCAAACUAAAUUUCUACCAUAUUUCGAUAUUCUGUGUGACUCAAUGCACAAAUGACUGGUUUAAAUAUUCUCAUUACAGACAUUGCAAGUACAACCUGAGCGAAGAAAUAUUUUUCUCAGUUAUGUUCUCCUCAUACCUAAACUGAUUAGAAUUCUAUUUUUUUAUUAUUGUUGUGCUUAUCUAAUCACCACAACUGAAUCAGUGUAUAUUUCUAUACCCAAAUAUGAAAUUUCAUUUUAAUGUCAAGUCAUGAUGAGUAGCU